AUGCAAAUGCAGUUCUACCUCGGGCUACAUACGACCGUCUGCUUUCGACUUGAAGAGGGCGUCGCAGUAGCCUCGAACCAUACCGAUCACCUCUUCCAGUCACAGUCACAACGUCCAUCCUCUUGGCUUCAUACCGUUCGACUUGAUAGACUGGAGCAUCAUCAUCCGGUAACCCAACGGUACCAGUUUGGCAUACCAGAGGUGAGAGCUGAUUGCAUCUGUGAAUGCAAUGCCGCUUCUGAAAGCUGUACUGCGGAGUCACACCAGUACACCCAAUGUCCUGAAGAUCCGAAUCGCGAUUUUCUCACUUCAUGCUACCGUACGUUCCUUCCCAAUCAGUCGCCAGUAGGAUGUCCUGCCGGCAGCAAUGCCAAACUAUGUUGCGACGUCAAAUUCAGGCCAUACCGGAAUCAGACCUAUACUGCUGUAAAAGUGGAGCAACCUACAACGUUUGCCACUUUCGUAUAUACCGCUUACGACUACAGUAAUGGCCGAUGGAUGGAGAAAGAUCGGAGUACGAUUCGUUCACAAUUAGACGGAGUGACUCAGGAAAGGUAUCUGGAUUCUCAGAGACGGAUUGCUCUGACUGUUUCGGCAGGAGGUCGUGCUUCUCACCAGCUCGAGACUGGUAUGUAUUUUGCCAAUUCGAAUCCUGGUGGAGAGAUGGACGAGCUGAGAAAACAGCCAUUGAAUGAAAUCACCGACAACAACUUUGAUCGACUCGGUUGGUACAGGAUGGAUGAGAACGGAAAAUUCCAUGUGAAUAACGGUAUUGUGAAGAUGGAAGAAAUACAUAAAGCAAAGGUGAAAAAUUGCCAUGAGCAAACCUAUCGAAGUAUAAUAGAUGCGAAGAACUAUAUGCCAGGCAAUUUCAACUUGUCGAAACCCCUGGAGAUGGUCUAUCCAUGGAUUCAAAGUGCUCGAGUCUACGAUGGCACUCAAAGACAAGUAAUCGUCACACAUGCUGAAGGAUCGAACCUUCACGUCACAUUGCAAGUAACCGGUGAAGUCGACGGACAUCGACUAGUGUUCUUCCAUAACUCGUCACGAAUAUCCGAUUUUACGGGCACUAUCAUUGUCGACUCUAGAAGCAACAGAUACUUCAAUGUAACUGUCUAUGGCGCUUCGGGAAAAAUCAACGGCGCUGUAAAGUCUUCAACAGAAAGAGACUCCACUGAGAUAUUCUCAUUCACCACAUACGUACAUGAUCUUAAUGCAUCAAACCGAUCGAUGAUCAUUCCAAUGCCUGCAAUAGUUGAAUCAGGUUCACGAAUGAUCUGUAUGUACGCGGAUGAACAACGUGAGGAGCAGGCUGUCUGUAGGAUUGUGCAAUAUUACGAAACCCCACUCGAGGUUGAUAUCGAACACAACACAUGGCAUGAAAUGGUCGGCAGUUGUCCAUCUUGUAAUCAAAUAAACCUUACAGGCUUCUCUAAAUUUCUGAACCCGAUGUCGUGGGUGAACGGCGUAUCCUCACUUGGAGAGUUUGUGAUGAUGGCCACUGAUGUACUGGUGUACGUCUGUGUACUAGUUGUUAUCUAUGUUGUGCUCACGAAAAUCAUCAUACCUAUCUGUAAAUGCUGGAUCUGUCCGAUGUACAUACUUUCACAAGCGACACACGUAAAACCACAAAAACAGACGAAGCGAAGGAAACCCGAUCAUGACCACGAUGACGGGAUCUGUGUUUGA